AAGGCACAUCCUAGAACCUAGAUACUGUUAAACCGACCCGAACCCGGUCGACUCGAUCCAUAGCGCCCCUGAAUAGCCACGCAGGGAGGAGGGGAUAGGAUGCACAAGCGCAUGGAAUUGUCUUGCAGAGACUCUUCUCUGUGAUUGGGAUUUUUUCUUUUUCAAUUUUUUUAAAGCAAGUGUUGGAUUUUAAGAUAACAUCGAUAUCAGGGCAUGGAGGAGAUGAACAUUGACCAGGUAGUGGAUGUACCUGAUACUCCUGAUAGAUUAGCUGCACGGCAUAUUAAUGGUGCACAAUCAGGAAAAGAAAGUAAUUCAUCAGUAGCUGGUCCUUCAAGAACAGAUUUUAGGGAUAAAGAAUGUUUGAAUCAGCCGGGGGCUAGGAGCAGUGAAAAUGGGCACUUGAAUCCUCAAAGAAUUGCUGGCAAGAUGACUGGAUUUGAGCCUCACAGUAAGUCUGUUGCUUUGUCUCCAUCAGAAAAUUCCUGUCCUUCCAAGAAUGCUCCUUUAUUUGGAAGAGGAACAAUGGCCUAUAACUCCAAGCCUGAAACUCGACUUUCUAUUGGAAUGCAACAUACGGACAAAAGGAAACCCGAGUCUACUAAAAUUCCUUCAAGAUCACGUGUUCAUAUAGAAGAGGAAGCUCUAUUUGACAUGGCUUUUCUAUGCAGGGCAUCAAAAACUCUGCAGUCUGAAAAGACAAGAGAUGUUCAGGUAUCAUCUAAUGGUGGCUCCAACUUACAUUUUGCCCCUACGACAUCCAACAAUGCCUUUAAAGGGAAGGAAAAGAUAGGUGUGAAUGCAGGUAACGGUUUUGGUUUGACCAUAAAUGAUGGAAAAGGGAUUGAUCUCACUGGUGGUUCUCAACCAAAAAUUGAAAAACAAAUCUCUUCUCCUCAUGUCUCUGUUAUUUCACCAAAAGUAACUGGACGAAAAAGAUUGGUGCGAAAUGGAUGUAUUUCUCCACAUAAUAUAGCCACUAGUGCAAAAAAAUUAGCUGACAGUCACCGAGUUGGUUCCACCAAUGUUGGAAAAGAUCACUGCAGUAGCAUGGUUUCUGAUGGUCCAUCUGAGGUAGAUAUCAAUGACAUAGUAGGUGAAGAGAAUAAUUGUUAUAGAGCAAAAGGAAAAGGGUUGGUGUUUCAUCAGUCUACAUCAAUGGAGCCAAAUGUAAAGAUUGGUCAUGCUUCUACCAGUUGUGGGGCUAAUAGUAAGGCAGCUAAUGAAACCAGUGAUGCCAGCAGAGAUGCAUUAUUAGGUGGUUGGAGAGGUACACGCAACCGUGCAAAGAACAUAUGUCAAAUAGAAGGUGCAGAUGGAUGUUUUAUUGAUGAGCAGCAUGGAAACAGAGUGUUAAGAAGAAAUAGUGGGAAUGGAAAUGUUACCAAGAUUGCAAGUGAUUCUGGAGAUCAGGGUGAAGGCCAAACAGCUUCCAGGCCUGUGUCUGGGCUCAAUCAAAAAAGUCAAUCCCAUCAUAAUAUACAUAGUAAAAGGCAAAAGAAACAUCGACUGACUUCAAGAAAUCACAGUGAAUGCUCUACAAUGGUUCCUGAUGACUCUGAAAUCUUGUUCCUGGGUUCAUCUGAGGCGUCAUCCAGCUCAAGAUCAUCCAGAACCUUAAAUAGACAACAUCAGGGUAUUUUGGAACCAAUUUAUGAAAUUGAUGAGUUGUUACCUGAAAGGAGAAACCACUCCUCUCCAGGAUUAGGUUCCAUGAAUGAUGAUUCAGAUUCCAGGGCAAGACAAGUGGAAGCAGAUGAAAUUUUGGCUCGUGAACUCCAAGAACAAUUGUAUCAUGAGACGCCAAUAUUUGGAGGCAGUGAGAUUGAUGAAAAUAUAGCAUGGGUACUGCAGCAGGAGGAGGAUGCUUUCCGCAAUGCUUCUAGUCAAAAUCACCCUAGACUACGUCUUAGAAGCUCAGCUACAAUGCAUGCGAAUAGACAACCCCAGCCACAGUCCUUUCAGAACCCUUCAAAUAGGAGACGAGCCCAGGCUCAAGUUCCUGCUGCUAGAACAUCAUUGAGGAAUCGCUUAUUGAACCGACCUCCUUCAGCAUUAUCUAGAGCCAGAAACCAUUCUCAUACAGCAUUAUCUAGAGCCAGUAGUUUCCAGUUUCCUUUGGGCAUGGACUUAGACAUGAGACUUGAUAUAUUGGAAGCAUUAGAAGAUGCAGUAGGGGAAUUCAGUGAUAUGAAUAUGACAGCUAGUCGCAUUCUUCAAGUUCAGCGUGAUUUUAAUGAAAAUGCUAAGGUGCAGUUGUUCCUUUUGCAUUGAGCCAUCGCCAGUGUCUGUUAUGGUGGGCCUCCGUGCCGGUCCUGCUUGGUGACCACUCAAUGAUUUGCUGCAAUGGCAAUUUAGCAACUUGUAUGGACACAACACAUGAAGCAGUGCUUGUCUGCCUAACUAUUGCAUUAUUCUUGUUGCACAUUCAAUUAGCUUGUUUAAAAUCCUUAAGAGGAAAAAAUAUUAAACAUUUAUUGGCAUUUUAUAAAACUGAAUAAGAACAGGUCCAGGUUCUUGGUUUUUGUCUUCUCUUAGUGUAGGAUUUCUUUCUUAUUGUUGACUAUUUUGACCAUUGUUUGGCAUGACGACAUGGCAUGUUGUGUUGGUUAGAAUGGUAGGUAGUAUUGUUGUUUCAGUACCAAUAUUAGUAUGUAGUAAAUAAUCUGAAAUUGAUUUGUUGUCUGCGAUCUUUUUAGAUCAUUUAUGUAGGAGAAGCAUAUCUCUUAAACAUGUAUUCCUCAAAGCUAUUCUAUUUAACUCUAUUGCGUUGUCUUUCUGCGAUAAUAAUUCUCAAACUUGCACUUCCUGGUGUAGCUCAUCCUUUUAUCUUUCAUCCUUCCCUUCCCCCCUUACAGCUUUUUGAGUAAGAAGUUCCAAUGCUGAUAUACUUGUAUACAAUCACAUUGAAACUUAGGUUCCAUUUAUUUUAUGGAAAAUAUUUUUUGAAAUUUUUUUUGUCAUUUGGGGUGCUUAGAGGAAUCAGUUAAUGGCAAAACCGAGUUUUUUUAUAUUCAAGGAUGUUGAAACUAAUGUAUUUGAGAGAAAUAUCUGUGUUUUCCAUAUAUAAAAUUCUUUGUACAUAUGUUUUAUUUAUAUACAAGUGAUUUAUCCUAAUAAGGAAACAAAGAUAAAUAGGAAAUAAUAGUACACUAGGAAAGAAUAAUUAAAUAAGAUCCUAAUAAUCUGCUACUACAACAAAUUAGGGAUUCUAACACUCCCCCUCAAGUUGGUUCAUGUAUAUCAUACAUGCCCAAUUUGCAAACUAGAGUAUGAAAUAAAUUACUGCUUAAGCCCUUAGUAAACACGUCGGUCAACUGUUCUUUUGAUGACACAUGAGGAACACUCAAAAUUCCAUCUAUUAUUUUCUCCUUUAUGAAGUGUUGAUCGAUCUUUAUAUACUUGGUUCGAUCAUGUUAGAUUGGAUUGUGUACUAUGUUGAUGGCAGCCUUGUUAUCACACAGUAAGGAUAAAUUGUUGAUCUCUGAUAGUUUCAUCUCUUCCAUCAAUUUUUGUAACCAUACUAGCUCACAAAUGCCCUAUGCCAUGGCCUUGUAUUCUUCUUUUGCAUUGGAUCUAGCUAUCACAUUUUGCCUUUUUACUUCUUCAAGUGACCAGGUUACCACUAACAAAGGUACAAUAACCCAUUGUAGAUCUCCUAUCAUUAAGAGAUCCAGCCCAAUUUGCAUCUAUAAAGACUUUUAUCUGGAGAUGGUCAUACCUUGAAAAAAGGAGUCCUUUUCUAAGGGCAGAUUUCAGAUAUCUCAAAAUAAGGAAAACAACUUUUAUGUGAGAGAUAAAUCAAUCUCCCAACUAACCUCUAAUAUUUCCCUAAGUCAACUGAUUCUCCAACUCUUACUUGCUAUCUAUAAUUAGUUUCAAUAGGCGAUUUUGCAGGUUUACAGCUCAACAUUCUUGUUUCUUUUAAGAGGUUUAAAAUAUAAUUCCUUUGAGAAAUAAUAAUUCUUUUAUCUGAUCUAGCAACCUCUAUCCCAAGGAACUAUCUUAAUAUACUCAAAUCUUUAAUCUCAAACUCUUGAGCCAAGAGUUUCUUCAGAUGAGUAAUUUCCUCCUUAUCAUCUUUUGUUACAACUAUGUCAUCAACAUAAAUAAUAAGCAAGGUGAUCUUACCUCUACAGUGUUUCAUAAAUAGAGUAUGAUCUGCAUUGCUUUGAUAGUAUCCAAAAUAUAUCAUGACCUUACUGAAUUUAUCAGACCAUGCUCUAGGUCACUGCUUCAGACCAUACAAUGUUUUUUUCAACCCGCAAACUUUCCCUUUGGUUUUGUCAUCAUGAAAUCUUGGAGGAAUAUCCAUAUAUACUUCGUCCUCUAAGUCUCCACGCAAAAAAGUAUUCUUUGCAUCAAAUUGUUGUAGGUUCCACUCAAGAUUUGCGGCACAUGGCAAUAAGAUUCUGAUGAUAUUCAUUUUUACAAUAGGGCAAAAGUCUCCUAAUAAUCCACUCCAUAUGUAUGAGUGAAGCCUUUAGCCAUUAACCUGCCUUUAUACUUUUUAAUGGAACCAUUUGCAUUAUGUUUAACAGUGAACAUCCACUUGCAUCUCACUGGUUUUUUCCCUAUGGAAGAGAAAUAAGAUCCCAUGUCCCAUUUUUUGUCAAAACUCUCAUCUCCUCUACCAUAGCUUCUUUCCAUUUUGGAUUAAGACGUGUGAUGCGAACCUCAAAAACGAUGCCUUGAAACCCACAAACAGGUUUGGUUUAUAAUCCCAAGAAAGCCAAAAUCAAGUUCAGACACCAAAGAAUACCUUGACCUAUCAAUUAUAUAGAAUUGAAAAUCAAGAUAAUUCAAAGGUAGAAUUAAGGAUUCUUGACCCAAAGUUUAUAAUCAAACAAGAACUAAGAAUAUCAAGAUUGUUAAAUCCUACAAGAUUAAUCACUCUUGAAGAAUUUAAUUUAGUUCAAAAAAGAACUUAGGAAAAAUCCCUCUCUUAUAUUGAUUUAAUCCAAAGUAAUGUUUCCCUCAAAAAGUAUUAAGUUAGCCUUAUAUAUACGGUUGAAACUCUAAUUCCCUAAAUUUAAAGAAAAUAAAUAAAACCCUAAAACUAAUAAAAAACUUGGAGUGGGCUGCACUCUCUUAAGGCCCAAAACAUAUAUCUGACCAAAAAUAAUUAAAUAAAACUAUUCAGAUUUGUCCUAGAUAAAAAAAAGACACUAAAUUUGCAUAACUAUCCAUCAAUUCUAUCCAAAUAUUUCUUGAUCAUCACCCACGCAAACUUGGAUCAAAUUAAGUCACUUCCCAUCUUCUUGUAACCCCAAUUUAUUGGUUGUAUCUCCAUAUUUAGCUUCUUGUGCAACUGCUUCCUCAAUCAACUCUUGCAUCUUCUCAACUCUAGUCCUUGUGAUUGGAACUUUUUGUGCAAUUGCAUCUUGAAUCAUCUCACGAACAUUCCUAGGAUCUUGUUGUUCUUGUUGAUUUCAUCAUUCCCUUCCUCUUCAAAAGGAUUCGUCCUUGAAUCUUCACCUACAUCAAAAGGGGAAAGAUCAGCAACAUUAAAAGUAGCACUCGCAUUUUAUUCACCGGGGAGAUCCAACUUAUAAGCAUUGUUAUUAAUCUUGGCCACCACUUGAAAUGGACCAUCUCCUCUAGGAUGAAGCUUAGACUUCCUUUGAAUUGGAAAUCUUUCCUUCCUCAUAUGCACCCAAACCCAAUCUCCUAGUUGGAAAGUAACUCGCUUUCUUCCUUUAUUAGCUUGAACUGCAUAUCUCUUAUUCUUCUUCUCAAUGUGCUGUUUAGCUUGUUCAUGGAUCCUUUUAACCAAUUCAGCCUUCUUCUUUCCAUCUAAACUUGAAAUCUCAUGCACAGGCAAAGGAAUCAAAUCUAAUGGAGUUAAAGGAUUAAUCCCAUAAACAAUCUCAAAUGGUGAAAAACCAGUAGAAGAAUGCACACUUCGGUUAUAUGCAAAUUCAACAAAUGGUAUACAUCCUUCCCAUGAUUUCAAAUUCUGUUUAACAACAGCACGUAAAAGAGUUGUUAAAGUUCUAUUAACUACUUCAGUUUAUCCAUUAGUCUGUGGGUGACACGUAGUAGAAAAUAGCAGCUUAGUACCCAACUUACCCCACAAUACUUUCCAAAAGUAACUUAGGAACUUAACAUCUCUAUCACUAACAAUGCUCCUAGGGAUGCCAUGCAACCUCACAACUUCUCUAAAGAAUAAAUCAGCAAUAUUUGUGGCAUCAUCAGUUUUAUGGCAAGGAAUAAAAUGUGCCAUCUUGGAAAAUCUAUCCACUACCACAAAUAUAGAAUCUUUACCUUUCCUAGACCUAGGCAACCCCAAAAUAAAGUCUAUAGACAAAUCAACCCAUGGUUCACUAGGUAUGGGCAAAGGUGUAUAUAAGCCUUGAGGUAAGACCUUAGACUUUGCUUUCUUACAUGUGAUACACCUAGAGCACACUCUCUCCACAUCUCUCUUCAUAUGAGGCCAAAAGAAGUGUUCUCUCAAUGUAUCCAAAGUCUUAGUAACCCCAAAAUGUCCCAUGAGACUACUACUAUGUCACUCACGCACAAGUAACUCCUUCAUAGAACAAUUAGGCACACAUAAUUUAUUCUCACGUUCAUCAUGCCUAUAAAACUUUUGAAAAGUAGUUUUCUCACAUGCAUCAUAAACAAUAGCAAAAUCGGAAUCCUUAGCAUACAACUCUUUCACAUACUCAAAACCUAACAAUUUAGCCUUAAGAGUAGAGAUAAGAGCAUACCUGCGUGAUAAUGCAUCAGCAACUACAUUUUCCUUACCUUGCUUAUACUUGGAUAGCAUAAGGAAAAGCCUCAAUAAAUUCCACCCACUUGGCAUGCCUACGGUUGAGCUUGUUUUGCCCUUUCAAGUGUUUUAAUGAUUCAUGGUCAGAAUGAAUCACGAACUCCUUUGGCCACAAGUAGUGCUGCCAUGUCUUCAAUGCUCGCACCAAGGCAUAAAGCUCUUUGUCAUACGUUGAGUAGUUUAAUGUCGCACCAUUCAGCUUUUCAUUAAAAUACGCAAUGGGACGUUUCUCCUGCAUCAAAACCAAUCCCAGAAGUAUCACAUUCUAUUUCAAAUGUUUUAGUGAAAUCAGGAAGACUCGGUAAUGGUGCAGAAAAUAACUUAUCUUUAAUUAAGUUAAAAGCAUGGUUUUGUUCCUCACCCCAUGUAAAACCAACAUUCGUUUUAACAAUCUCCGUCAAGGGUGCAGCUAAAGUACUGAAAUCCUUAACAAACCUUCUAUAAAAACUAGCUAAACCAUGAAAACUACGUACCUCAGUAACAGAUGUAGGAAUCGGCCAGUCACGGAUAGCUUUCACCUUCUCUUCAUCCACCUCAAUACCUUUUGCACUAAUCACAUAACCCAAAAACACAACUCUUUCUAUGCAAAAAUUAUACUUUUUAAGAUUAGCAUACAAUUUCUCUUUUCUAAACACUUCAAACACACACCUCAAAUGAUGCAUAUGUUCUUCCAUGUUUUUACUGUACACUAUUAUAUCAUCAAAGUAUACCACUACAGACUUACCAAUGAAUGCACGCAAAACAUGGUUCAUUAAUCUGAUGAAUGUACUAGGUUCAUUAGUCAAUCCAAAAGGCAUAACUAACCACUCAUAUAAAUCAUAUUUUGUUUUGAAAGCAAUUUUUCACUCAUCUCCUACUUUCAUUCUAAUCUGGUGGUAUCUACUUUUCAAAUCAAUUUUUGAAAAGACACAAGCACCAUGCAAUUCAUCUAACAUGUCAUCUAGCCUAGGAAUGGGAUAUCUAUACUUUACCGUAAUCUUGUUGACAGCUCGACAGUCAACACACAUCCUCCAAGAACCAUCCUUCUUAGGCACCAAUAGCACUGGAACUGCACAUGGACUCAUGCUUUCUCUCACAUACCCUUUUGCCAAUAACUCCUUAAUUUGCCUUUGAAGUUCCUUUGUCUCCUCAGGAUUACUUCUGUAAGCUAGUCGAUUAGGAAUUACUGCUCCAGGAACAAAAUCAAUCUAAUGUUUGAUCCCUCUAAUGGGUGGCAACUCAUUAGGCAUAUCCUCAGGAAAGACAUCUUCAAACUCUUGUAAAAGAGAAACAACAGAACUAGGCAAAGAACUGUUAAGGUCAGCACGAUUCAAAUAAGCCUCUUUGUACAUAAGUACAAUAAUUGGAUUUCUAGCAAAAAAUGCACUCUUAACAUCUCUUUCUUUUGCAAAUAAACUCAUUUUUCUCUCUUUGCUCUUUUUUUGCACUGGAAUCACUUUCUUUCCAGUCUCACUCAAUGAGUUUUCACUCUUCGCUUUAUUUUUCUCUUUAUUUUUACUCUCAAUCACUCUCUUCUCCUUGCUAGAAUUCUCAGCGUAUUCUUUUUCUGCACUUUUACUCUCAGUCUCACUAGUGUUGUCCUUCUCAAUUGAUCUCUUCAAUUUCACUUGAUCCUCAUAUACUUGUCUAGGAGUUAACGGAGCCAAUAUUAUCUUUCGGCCAUUCUUUUCAAACGAAUAUCGAUUUCUGUAACCAUCAUGUACUACUCACCUAUCAAGCUGCCAUGGUCUGCCAAGUAACAGAUGACUAGCAUGCAUAGGCACUAUAUCACAUAUAACCUCAUCAUGAUAUCUACCAAUGGAAAAAGCAACUUGUGCUUGCUUAGUCACUUUAACUUCUCCACAUUCAUUCAACUAUUGUAACUUGUAUGGCCUAGGAUGUUUCAAAGUAUGCAACUUCAAUUUCUCAACUAAUAGUGUACUAGCUACAUUGGUACAACUACCUCCAUCUAUUAUCAUACUACAUGCUUUAUCCUGAAUGAGGCAUCUAGUAUGAAAUAUAUUUUCCCUUUGCUCCUCUUCACCAACCUCUUCCUUCACUUGCAUAUUUAAUGCUCUCCUAGUGACUAAUGCACUCCCCUCUACAGCAUACUCCACAUCAGUAACAUCUUCUAAUGGAGGCAUAGAAUCACUAUCUUCAUCACUCUCAGUCUCUAUAUCUCCAUUAUCCCUUAAGAUCAUUGCCCUUUUAUUGGGGCAUUGUGAAGUUCCCUUUGCUCCUCUUCACCAACCUCUUCCUUCACUUGUAUAUUUAAUGCUCUCCUAGUGACUAAUGCACUCCCCUCUACAGCAUACUCCACAUCAGUAACAUCUUCUAAUGGAGGCAUAGAAUCACUAUCUUCAUCACUCUCAGUCUCUAUAUCUCCAUUAUCCCUUAAGAUCAUUGCCCUUUUAUUGGCACAUUGUGAAGUAAUAUGACCUGUCCCCAAACAUCUAAAACACUUUAUAUCCCUAUUUCUUUGAGAUUGGGAAGAGUUCAUACCUUUAUCUUUGUUAUCCCUAUAAGGCUAACUCUUACUUUCUUCAUGCUUAGACUUAGAAACAACCUUAUCCUCCUUCUUAGGCCAAUUUGGUUUCCAUGAGCUCUUAGGAACUGAACUUGUGCUACUCCCAUACCUCGGCAUCCCUUUCCUCCUAAGUUGCUUUUCAUUUUUCAUGGCCAUAUGCACCAUGUCCUCUAGCUCCACAUAAUGCUGCAACUAAAUAAGCUAUUUCUUUAUUCAAACCACCUAAGAAUCGAGCCAUUGUGGCUUCUCUGUCCUCCUCAAAAUUUGCCCAAAUCAUUGCCAUCUCCAUCUCCUUAUGGUAUUUUUCCACACUCUGUCCCUUGUGUGAGUCUUUGCAGCCUCUGAUGCAAUUCUCUGUAAUAAUGGUUAGGGACAAAUCUUCUUCUCAUGAUAGCUUUCAUCUCAU